AUGUGCUCCUCACUCAUCGACGUUUCGAUUGCGAAGCGCUGGAACAAAAAGAUUGGCAUUCCCGAUCAUUUUCUAUACCUUUUUGGUCACAGCAUCAUCGUAGAAAUUUUAAUGAAACUGCAGAGUAUGCCGAUGUCUGUGUUGCUAUCGCGGUUGUGUCCGCUUGGGUUGGAAAGCUUGGUGUACGCACUGAUGGCAGGCUUCUCCAGCCUCGGAAGAAGUGGCAGCACUACACUUGGAGCUGUUGUGAUGGCGUACAUUUGGCCUGUGAAGACAAAAGUCCCAUGCGACUACAGCAAUCUGCCAUGGCUAGUUUUCUUUUCUCAUGGCAUCGUGCCGGCAAUCACUAUUCCUUUCGUCUUCCUGCUCAUACCUUCCGCACACAUUUGUGACAAACUUGACAUUAAUGGACGCGUGAUCCUCAAUGAGGUUGAGGAGGAGGACCUGAAGAAGGCGGAGAGCAAAGGCAAACGUCCAACUGGGGCCUCAGAGUAA